CCUACGGCCGUGCAACCAGAAGUUCGCAACGAGCAUUACCAGAUCAAGCAUGUCAGCUGGAUGCAAAACUCUAGGCUGCGUCAAUCGCCGGUGCUGACGCAGAACGCAAACGGUCCCUGUCCGCUGCUUGCUUUGGUUAAUGCCCUAGUGUUGAGCACGCCGCAGGAUCUCGACACCGCACUCGUCGAAGCCUUGCGAACCCGUGAGCAAGUCAGUCUGGGCCUCCUGCUUGACAUCGUGUUCGACGAACUCAUGUCGGGGCGCAGAGGUGAUACCGCAAUCCGACUACCGGAUGUCAGCGAGCUCUACGCCUUUCUUCGUGCGCUUCAUACCGGUAUGAAUGUCAACCCAAGCUUCAUCAUUCCUGCUGGGGUGCGCGAGGAUACUGCGGGCUGCUUUGAAGAGACCAAAGAAAUGCGCCUCUACAGUACUUUCAACAUUCCUCUCAUCCACGGCUGGCUCCCUCCGAAACACUCGCUCGCAUAUGCAGCAUUCGAACGAAGUGCACUUACUUUUGAAGACGCGCAGAACAUACAAUUUUUGCAAUCUGAACUGGAAGAUAAGCUGCAAGCUGAGGGAUUGCCGCAAACAGAACAGCAGCUACUCCAGGAUAUUCACACGAUGAAGAAUUUCUUCGUCACAUGGCCCACACAAUUAACCGAUCACGGCUUACAAGCUGUCGAACAAAGUCUCAAACCAGGACAAGUCGCCAUACUAUUCCGUAACGAUCACUUCAGCACGUUAUACAAGGAGCCAACGCGUGGUGCCUUGAUGACACUUGUCACAGAUGCAGGUUAUAGCUCACACGAAGAGAUUGUGUGGGAAAGUCUUGUGGACGUGAAUGGCGCAGCCAGUGAACUGUUCAGUGGAGACUUC